AUGCGCAUCUUCCUCUGGUUUCUAGUUGUGGGCGUGGUGGUGGGGAUGGAGAUCGAGCCAGUCGUCGAAGGCGUCGACGUAGUUUGGAGUGGCGUCGAGCGUCGACCCGAAGUGAGCGGGGUUGAACCGGUCGCCUUUCCUCGCGCACAGGGCCGCUUUGACCUCUGGACCGCCCUCCCUCCACGCGACCAGCCGCUUCCCAUUCCCGCCUAUCCGCGUGUGCGCCAGAACAAGGCGACGGUGGUUAGGGACAGGUCCUCGUUGCGCGAGGCGAUGGCUAAAAGCCCCUGGAUGGGCAAAACGACUUACGAGGUGGGCGAAUCCUCGGCCCAAGGUGCGAGCAGACAGGUGGGACAGUCGUCCAAGCAGAGCGCAAGGAGGAAGAAGAAAGGCUGUCUCGGCUGCUUCGGUUAG